CUUGUGCGAUCCGGGCCGUACCGCGGCCGCCCGGGCCCUUUCCGCACCAUGAGCCGUAAGUUUACUGUCACCUCGCUGCCCCCCGCGGGGCCCGCGGGGACUCCAGACCGAGAGUCCCACCGGGAUUCGGCCGCCGAGAUCCUCCACCUCUCAGGGGAAGACGCCAAAGGUGAUGGCAACCCGAAGGAGAGCAGCCCCUUCAUCAACAGCACCGACACAGAGAAGGGAAAGGAGUACGAUGGCAAGAACAUGGCCCUGUUUGAGGAGGAGAUGGACACCAGCCCCAUGGUAUCCUCCCUGCUCAGUGGCCUGGCCAACUACACCAACCUGCCCCAGGGAAGUAGGGAGCAUGAAGAGGCAGAAAACAAUGAGGGUGGAAAAAAGAAGCCAGUGCAGGCCCCACGCAUGGGCACCUUCAUGGGCGUGUACCUACCGUGCCUGCAGAAUAUCUUUGGUGUCAUUCUCUUCCUGCGACUCACUUGGGUAGUGGGCAUUGCAGGCAUCAUGGAGUCCUUCUGCAUGGUCUUCAUCUGCUGCUCCUGUACGAUGCUCACGGCCAUCUCCAUGAGUGCAAUUGCAACCAAUGGUGUCGUACCUGCUGGCGGCUCCUACUACAUGAUUUCCAGGUCUCUGGGCCCAGAGUUUGGGGGCGCCGUGGGCCUCUGCUUCUAUCUGGGCACUACCUUUGCUGGGGCCAUGUACAUCCUGGGCACCAUCGAAAUCCUGCUGGCUUACCUCUUCCCAGCUAUGGCCAUUUUUAAGGCAGAAGAUGCUAGCGGGGAGGCAGCAGCCAUGUUGAACAAUAUGCGUGUGUAUGGCACCUGUGUGCUCACCUGCAUGGCCACAGUGGUGUUCGUGGGUGUCAAGUACGUCAACAAGUUUGCCCUUGUCUUCCUGGGUUGUGUCAUCCUCUCCAUCCUGGCCAUCUAUGCUGGGGUUAUCAAAUCUGCCUUCGAUCCGCCCAACUUCCCGAUCUGCCUCCUGGGGAACCGCACACUGUCUCGCCAUGGCUUUGAUGUCUGUGCCAAGCUGGCUUGGGAAGGAAAUGAGACGGUGACCACACGGCUCUGGGGCCUUUUCUGUUCCUCUCGCUUUCUCAAUGCCACCUGUGAUGAGUACUUCGCCCGAAACAAUCAUCUUGUCUCCCCCACAGAGAACCUCUGGAGCUCCUACCUGACCAAGGGGGUGAUUGUGGAAAGGCAGGGGAUGCCCUCAGUGGGCCUGGCUGAUGGCACCCCUAUCGACAUGGACCAUCCUUAUGUCUUCAGUGAUAUGACCUCCUACUUCACUCUGCUGGUUGGCAUCUACUUCCCCUCAGUCACAGGGAUCAUGGCUGGUUCUAACCGCUCUGGAGACCUGCGGGAUGCCCAGAAGUCAAUUCCCACUGGCACCAUCUUGGCCAUCGCCACCACCUCUGCUGUCUAUAUCAGCUCUGUUGUUCUGUUUGGGGCCUGCAUUGAGGGGGUCGUCCUGAGGGACAAGUUUGGCGAAGCUGUGAAUGGCAACCUGGUGGUGGGCACACUGGCCUGGCCAUCCCCCUGGGUUAUCGUCAUCGGAUCCUUCUUCUCCACCUGUGGGGCUGGGCUGCAGAGCCUGACAGGGGCCCCACGCCUGCUGCAGGCCAUCUCCCGGGAUGGCAUUGUGCCCUUCCUGCAGGUCUUCGGCCACGGCAAAGCCAAUGGAGAGCCAACAUGGGCCUUACUCCUGACUGCCUGCAUCUGUGAGAUCGGCAUCCUCAUUGCUUCCCUCGACGAGGUCGCCCCUAUUCUCUCUAUGUUCUUCUUGAUGUGCUACAUGUUCGUGAACCUGGCCUGUGCAGUGCAGACGCUGCUGAGGACACCCAAUUGGAGGCCACGCUUUCGAUAUUACCACUGGACACUCUCCUUCCUGGGCAUGAGCCUCUGCCUGGCCCUCAUGUUCAUCUGCUCCUGGUAUUACGCCCUGGUGGCCAUGCUCAUUGCCGGGCUCAUCUACAAGUAUAUUGAGUACCGUGGGGCGGAGAAGGAGUGGGGCGAUGGGAUCCGAGGCCUGUCUCUCAGCGCUGCUCGCUAUGCCCUCUUACGCCUGGAGGAAGGGCCUCCGCACACCAAGAACUGGAGGCCACAGCUGCUGGUGCUGGUGCGUGUGGAUCAAGACCAGAAUGUGGUACACCCACAGCUGCUCUCGUUAACAUCCCAGCUGAAGGCAGGCAAGGGCCUGACCAUUGUGGGCUCUGUCCUUGAGGGCACAUUUCUGGACAACCACCCCCAGGCCCAGCGGGCAGAGGAGUCUAUCCGGCGCCUGAUGGAGGCAGAGAAGGUGAAAGGCUUCUGCCAGGUAGUGAUUUCUUCCAACCUGCGUGAUGGCGUGUCCCAUCUGAUCCAGUCCGGGGGCCUUGGGGGGCUGCAGCACAAUACUGUGCUAGUCGGCUGGCCCCGCAACUGGCGACAGAAGGAAGAUCAUCAGACCUGGAGGAACUUCAUCGAGCUGGUCCGGGAAACCACUGCUGGUCACCUGGCCCUGCUGGUCACCAAGAACGUUUCUAUGUUUCCCGGGAACCCCGAGCGCUUCUCCGAGGGCAGCAUCGACGUCUGGUGGAUCGUGCACGACGGAGGCAUGCUCAUGCUGCUGCCCUUCCUGCUGCGGCAUCACAAGGUCUGGCGGAAAUGCAAGAUGCGUAUCUUCACUGUGGCCCAGAUGGACGACAACAGUAUCCAGAUGAAGAAGGACCUGACCACAUUUCUGUACCAUUUACGUAUCACUGCAGAGGUCGAGGUGGUGGAGAUGCAUGAGAGUGACAUCUCAGCUUACACCUACGAGAAGACAUUGGUGAUGGAGCAGCGUUCCCAGAUCCUCAAACAGAUGCAUUUAACCAAGAACGAGCGGGAGCGGGAGAUCCAGAGUAUCACAGAUGAGUCUCGUGGCUCAAUCCGGAGAAAGAAUCCAGCCAACACUCGGCUCCGCCUCAAUGUCCCAGAAGAGACGGCCGGUGACAGUGAGGAGAAACCAGAAGAAGAGGUGCAGCUGAUCCAUGACCAGAGUGCUCCCAGCUGCCCCAGCAGCUCACCAUCCCCUGGGGAGGAGCCUGAAGGGGAGGGGGAGGCAGAUCCUGAGAAGGUGCAUCUCACCUGGACCAAGGACAAGUCGGUGGCAGAGAAGAAUAAGGGGCCCAGUCCUGUCUCCUCCGAGGGCAUCAAGGACUUCUUCAGCAUGAAGCCGGAGUGGGAGAACUUGAACCAGUCCAACGUGCGGCGCAUGCACACGGCUGUGCGGCUGAACGAGGUCAUCGUGAAGAAAUCCCGAGAUGCCAAACUUGUUUUGCUGAACAUGCCUGGGCCUCCCCGCAACCGCAACGGUGAUGAAAAUUACAUGGAGUUCCUCGAGGUCCUCACCGAGCACCUGGACCGGGUGAUGCUGGUCCGCGGCGGCGGCCGCGAGGUCAUCACCAUCUACUCCUGAGAGCCAGGACCUGCCACCCGGGCCCUAGCGCGCCCGGCCCGCGGCCCCGGAGCCCUCGCCACGCCCCCCGCCGCUGUCACCGUUUACAUACAGACCCUGUGCCCGCACCCUGGCUCCUUUCCCCGUCGCCUGAAGCCCGGAGACCACGUCCAUCGGGGUUGACUCGGAGAGGACCGCCCCCCACGCGGAGACGAGAGCCCCGAGUCCCCAGCUGGCGCG